CAGAGUCAGCUCGAACUGUCCACGGGGUUGCUCGAGAUGCCAGCCGACCUGCCAGCUGGACACUGUCACCUCCAAAAUCUCCAAAAUGCCUCUUCCUCCAGCACUAGCAAACAACACUUGGCAGAAGUGGGCCUAGCUAGACCCUCGACUUACAUCAUCGCCCGGCGCGGGAAACCAUCAGAUCAAGUUCAGCACCGCCGUCCACGCCGCACUUCACCACCAACACCACCGCCAGUGACCAUCGUGAGCCUGGAAAUGAGCGGUGAGUUGGCGUAUCGCCCUACUUACCAGUCCCCUGUCCAGGGUGUGCCUUACUACAGAGCACCUCCUAAUACUUCGGCAGUGCACUGGACGUGCGCGCAUGUACUUCUUCACAGAGAUACGGCUACGGCUACGGCUACGGACACAGCUCUCAGAGACAAGACAGUAGCGGCUUGUCUCUCCUGUCUGUCGCCUGUCUGCCAGCACACUGACUUUAUCCCCUGCUCUGAGCAACCGGCUGCUUGACCUACCAGCGUUCAGGGUCUGGAGCCAGCAAUUACACCAGACGCCGCCUUGCCUAUUGUGUCACCCGCUUCCUGCACCUUAAUCGUGCUGCUUCCAUCCUCAUUCGUCCAAAGACCCUGGACCGCGACCUCCAUCCUCAUGUUGGACACAGGGUUGGCAAGGCUACCUCACAGCAGCCGCAGAAACGGAAACGCCUGGCGGCUUCGGACAGGGCUCCCACGCCCAUGAUCUCCCGAAUCUUGCCCGUCUCGUCGUUCAGGCCACACAGCACACCAAGCUUGCUACUCGGACCUGGUGAUCCCAAGCAACCACGCCCCCCGGAGGCAUAUGCCCGAAUCCAGACCUGUUUGAUGCUGCCGCUGCAAGGCACCUCCGGUGCGGCGGACACAGGCGACGACUUUUCCGGGGCGUCAGCAGAAAUCUGAAGUGAGACUUCAGGGCCCUAAAUGACCCC